CUCAGUUCCAGGAGCGAAGCGCGGACCUUUCAACAAGAGCUUUAUUGAUUCUCUCGCUGGGCUCCCGGAACGCCAUGGAGGCAGCCAAUUGCUCCCUGCGGGUGAAGCGACCCUUGCUGGAUCCCCGCUUCGAGGGCUACAAGCUGUCUCUCGAGCCGCUGCCCUGCUACCAGCUGGAGCUCGAUGCAGCUGUAGCAGAAGUAAAACUUCGGGAUGACCAGUAUACACUGGAGCACAUGCAUGCUUUUGGAAUGUAUAAUUAUCUGCACUGUGAUGCCUGGUAUCAAGACAGUGUCUACUACAUUGAUAACCUUGGGAGAAUCAUGAACUUAACAGUGAUGCUGGACACUGCCUUAGGAAAACCUCGAGAGGUUUUUCGACUUCCCACAGAUUUGACAGCAUAUGACAAUCGUCUUUGUGCAUCUAUCCAUUUUACAUCCCCUACCUGGGUUACCUUGUCAGAUGGAACGGGAAGAUUAUAUGUCAUCGGAACAGGUGACCGUGGAAAUAAUCCUGAAAAAUGGGAAAUUGUGUUUAAUGAAGAACUUGGGAAUCCGUUUAUUAUAAUUCACAGUAUCUCGUUACUGAAAGCUGAAGAACAUUCAGUAGCUGUGCUUCUUCUUCGAAUAGAGAAGGAGGAAUUGGACAUGAAAGGAAGUGGUUUCUAUGUUUCUUUGGAGUGGGUCACUGUCAGUAAGAACAACGAAGACAGUAAAAAGUAUGAAAUUACGAAGCAUCAUGUUCUCCGUGGAAAGUCGGUGCCACAUUAUGCUGCUGUUGAGCCUGAUGGAAACGGCCUAAUGGUUGUGUCCUAUAAGUCCUUCAAGGUUAUUUCGGUUGAUCAGGAGCUUGAAGAAAGUAUGGAUGAAGACAGGUCAGAGAAAAUCAAAGUAGAACCUCUGUAUUACUGGCAGCAAACUGACGAUGAUUUGACAGUAACAGUAAGGCUUCCAGAAAACUGUGCGAAGGAAGAUAUUGAAAUACGAUUUUUGCCUGAUAACAUCAGCGUUAUGCUGAAGGAUAACCACGUUUUGGAAGGAAAGCUCUAUUCAUCUAUUGAUCAUGAAAGCAGUGCAUGGACAAUUAAAGAGAAUGACAGCAUGGAAAUUACCUUGAUUAAGAAGAAUGAAGGUCUGAUGUGGCCAGAGCUGGUCGUUGGUGAUAAACAGGGAGAACUUAUAAGGGACCCAGCCCAGUGUGCUGCAAUAGCAGAACGCUUGAUGCACCUGACCUCCGACGAACUGAAUCCAAAUCCAGAUAAAGAGAAACCUCCAUGUAAUGCUCAGGAAUUAGAAGAAUGUGAUAUUUUCUUUGAAGAGAGCUCCAGUUUAUGCAGAUUUGAUGGCAAUACAUUAAAAACAACCCAUGUGGUGAAUCUUGGCAGCAACCAGUAUCUGUUCUCAGUCACUGUGGAUCCUAAAGAAAUGCCCUGUUUCUGUCUGCGCCAUGAUGUCGAUGCCCUCCUCUGGCAGCCGCACUGCAGCCAGCAGGAUGAUAUGUGGGAGCACAUCGCCACCUUCAAUGCCCUAGGUUAUGUCCAAGCAUCAAAGAGAGACAAGAAAUUUUUUGCCUGUUCUCCAAACUCCUCCUAUGCAGCCCUCUGUGAGUGCCUUCGCCGAGUGUUCAUCUAUCGGCAGCCUGCUCCCAUGUCCACUGUGCUCUACAACAGGAAGGAAGGCAGGCACGUGGGCCAGGUUGCUAAGCAGCAAGUAGCAAGCCUGGAAACCAAUGAUCCUAUUUUAGGCUUUCAGGCAACAAAUGAGAGAUUAUUUGUUCUCACUACCAAAAACCUCUUUUUAAUAAAAGUAAAUACAGAGAAUUAAUCCUCCAAUAUUUGGCUGAAAUCAAGUAUCCAGUGGUACCUGGAGGGCUGGACAGUUGUCCUGUAACUUGUUAGGUUUUACUGUGAUAACUACAAACAUCCUUUAUGAAGUUUUAUUUUUAAAGAAGAUUGGAAAUGUAUUCAAGAGAUUAUGAAUCUGUAAAAGCUAUGUGAUAGAUGAAGCUACAGAUUUAGAGAAAUUGGCUUCUGUAAAAAAUGAAGAUAUUGGCAAAUAUAGUUAUUUUUUAAAACCUGGUGAUUAAAUCUCAUCUUUUAUAUGAAAAAAUAUGAAUUCAUUGUUUAAAAAUAAAACUAUUUAUCAUGUACCUAGCUCAUUGUUUAGAUUGGUAUAGUCACUCUAUAGAAUGUGUGGGUAGCAGUCAAACACUGAGUAUUAUAAAGUAUUUUAACAGGUUGAAAUCUACAGAAAAAUUGUUGUAAGUCUAGAGUUGUAAGAGUACAGCAGUUUUGAUGUUUGCUUAUAAACCUUAAUUAUUUUCAUAGUAAGCAUAGAUUUGCUUAUGUAAGCAUAGAUUUGCUCUACUAUAUCAGAGAAGCAUUUUCCAUUAUUGCAUAACCAAAGACCACAAAAUUCAGGUGUUUAAGAGAUUAUUCCAGCUCCUGGGAAGCUAAGGCUGGAGAAAUACCAGUUCAAGGCCAGCCUGGGCCACAUAUCAAGACCUUGUCUCCAAAAAGAAAAGCAACUCAAGCUUUAUUUAUGGUUUUUCAUGGUUCUGUGAAUUGGGUCUUCGUGCUCUAGAUGGUCUCUUGUCUUCUAGUAGGCUGGCUGUGCGUCCUGCCAUGACAGAGAACACAUUCUAAGAGCAAACCCCAGGAUGCAAGGGUUUGCCAAGCUUGGAUUUUCAUGAUUGCUAAAAAACAUGGACAGUAUGACUCACAUGGCCAAGUCUAGACAGACAGCAGAGCUGUGGUACCAUGGAGGUGACAGGCACAUAGGACAGAUUAUAAUACAUUUGUCUCACUAAGAUCUCUUUACUUUUCUGACAGCUUAUUUAUUUCCACAUUGAUUUUUUUCUUCACAAAUAUUUGUGGCUCAGAAUUAUUCUCCAAACUUCUUUCAAUUUGUAUUUAUUGUGGAUUUGUUUUGUUUUAUUUUUACAUUAUUUUUAGAGUUCAUAUUUUAUUAAUGUCCUUAAAAAUUUAAUUAAAGAGAAAGAAAAUAAAGGAUCAUAAGAUAGAAAAUAUUUGUUUGAAUGUAUGUUUUGCCUAUCUGGAACAAACAUGGGACUGAAUUCAAUUUAAAGAAGUUUCUAGUCUAGGGAGAUGGCUCUGUCAGAAAAGUGAUUGCAGCGUAAGCAUAAAGACCCAAGGUUUAGAUUCCUGUUCCUCACAUUAGAAAAAGAAAAGAAAAACAAGUGGGCACAGCUGUAUGCAUCUGUAAUCCCGACACACUUGCUAGGCAGAGACAGGCGCAUUCUUGCUGGCCACACAGUCUAGCCAGAUUAGCUGAACUCCGGGUUCAAAUGAGCAAAGCUCCUCAUGUCAACAUUUGAACAUUUGUCCUCCACAUGCAU